AUGUCCAUCGAAAUAAAUGAUAAAGGAGGCUACCAUUGCUCUAACUGCGACAUGUACUUGCACAAAGAAUGUGCUGAGUCUCCUUCGGAGAUUAACCAUCCUUCCCACACGCGCCACCCCCUCACACUUCUCACGCAUGGAGCACCAGAUGACUCCCACAUCAACUCAUGUCGCUUGUGCGGAGGAAAGUUUAGGAGACUCAUCUACCAUUGUUUCCAAUGUGAAUUCAGCUUGGAUCCAGCAUGCGCCCGGAAUUCACCACCGCUUAGUGUUGACCACCCAAAGGGGCAUGAGCAUGAACUCACACUCAUGCCUAGGCUUAUUUUAUUUACUUGUAACGCUUGUGGGAUGGUUGGUGACAGGUAUCCUUAUGUAUUCCCACAAUGUGAUUUCAUGAUCCAUAAAGAUUGUAUCUACUUACCCCGGGUCAUAAACAUCAAUCGUCACCAUCAUCGCGUUUCUCGUACUUAUUUUCUUGGUCUUAGAAAUUGGGUAUGUGAAGUUUGUCGUUUGAAGAUUGAUGGGAAAUAUGGGGCUUAUUCUUGCUGGAAAUGUCCUCAGUAUGCUGUUCAUUCAAGAUGUGCCACGAGAGAGGAUGUGUGGGAUGGGGAAGAACUAGAAGAUGAACCCGAAGAAGAGAUGGAAGAUGUUGAACCCUUCAAGGUGGUUGGUGAGAAUCUCAUUAAUCACUUUACUCAUGACGAACACAAUCUAGAAUUCAAAGAAGGUGGUGGUGAGGAGAGCAUGCCUUGUCGCGCAUGCGUCCUUCCUAUAUUUCUAGAUUCGUUUUACAGUUGUGUUGAAUGUGAUUUCAUCCUCCAUGAAGCAUGUGCGAAUCUUCCUAGAAAGAAACGGCAUGUCCUACAUAACACCCCACUUACACUCCAGACACGUAUUCCACAUCACAAGCUAUGCAAGGGUGUUUUUCGGUGCUCUGCCUGCAAAGAGUUCUCUAGCGGAUUCAGCUACAUAGGUUGUGGUAUUCAGUUAGAUGUGCGGUGUGGUUCCAUCACUGAGCCCUUUGUUCACCAAGGUCAUCCACAUCCCUUGUUUUUCACUUUACCAGAUCCAAAGACAUGCGGGUCUUGUGGCAUCUGGCAAUAUAAGGUAUUGAACUGUAUUGAAUGUGAUUUUCCUUUGUGUUUUGGGUGUGCUACUUUGCCAUAUUUGGUCAGAAACCAAAAGCAUGAUAGACAUCCUUUAACGUUAUGCUUUGGUGAAAAGGCGAGUACUGGUCAAUAUUGGUGUGAUAUAUGUGAAACGCGAUUGAAUCCCAACAAAUAUUUCUACACAUGUGAAGAUUGUGCCACCACUCUCCACGUUCACUGUGUGCAUAUAGAAGGCUUGUUACACGUCAAACCGGGGGACAAGUUAUCAUACUUUGGCUAUGGUUUUGAGAUGGUUCUAGGAAAUCGCAUCAACAGGCCACGUUGUGAAUCGUGCUACGAGCUAUGCCAAAACUUUGAAGGAUUUUCCGAAGCUGUGGCACGCUGUGAGGUCGACACGGACGCGGAACAAAUGCCACGUCUAGUAAGGUUAAGUUUUUGA